UAUUUGCUCUUUCACCUUUGACCUCACAGCGCGGGAAACUUGCUAUUACGGACAGUUCGGGCACUUCCCACAAAGACACUUUGGAAGAAGGCCAGAACUGUCAAAGACAAGUCAUAGUCCAAUUCUUUGGAAGGAGAUUUGCACGAAGAAUAUUCGUAAUGCCCCCAAGAAAGCGGAGAAAAAUUGAUCACAAGCCAAAGUCUUCCUCAAAGACCAGUUCCCAAGACAACAAGGACACGCCCACCUACUCCCAUUGGCUGAUGAAGUCGGAACCAGAGAGUAGGAUUGAGAAAGGCAUUGAUGUGAAGUUUGGGAUCACAGAGUUAAAAGCUGAGCCAAACCAGACGGCAUGCUGGGACGGAGUCAGGAACUACCAGGCCCGUAACUUCAUGCGGGAUCAGAUGAGAGUGGGACACAAGGCUUUCUUCUACCACAGCAACUGCAAGGAGCCAGGGAUAGCAGGCAUAGUAGAGAUUGUGAAAGAGUCCUAUCCAGAUCACACCCAGUUUGACAGUAAGGACCCACACUAUGACAGCUCAUCAAAGAAAGACAACCCAAAGUGGUUCAUGGUUGAUGUGAAGUUUGUGAGGAUGUUGAAACGUUUCAUCCCCCUGUCUGAACUGAAGGCCCUGCACCUUGAGCACAAGUCAACAGGGGGAGCUCUUCAGAACAUGGCCCUGUUCACCAGAGCCAGACUGUCUGUUCAACCAGUCACCAAAGAGGAGUUUGAUUUCGUCGUAAGUCUGGAGGGUAAGAAGAAGUGAGCCAUCGGUACCACAAGGACUACCUCUUCAACAUCUUUGUCAGAACUUCUUUUGUUUUCAUGGUGUAUAACAAGGGGUGGUAACUAGUGCAGAAAAUACAGGUACAGGCACAUUUCAGGUCCAGAGGAUCAGGUCUAGGUCCAAACCUGAACCUGCAUGAACCUAAUUGUUUAUGAAAAUUUGUGAAUUGGUGUUACUCAGAAGAAUUUUCUACAAACGUUAGAAAUCUAUUUGGUAGAGUAUCCAACUCCCAUUUGCAUUUUAGAAUCCUGUCUUCAUGUAAAUUCCAAGUUUAACUGUAGAAACUUGGUAGAAAUGUCAUUGCAAAAUUUGCUCUUGUUAUUAUCUGACAUCGGUAACGCCAAAAUGUGAAACCCUUGCCAAUAUAAUCUGGACAUUUUCUAUUCAUUCCAAAAUCCAAUCAACCGAUUUUUUCAGGUCUGUAAUUUUUUUUUUUUUUUGGACCAGUCCAACAAGAAAAACGGUUUUGUACCUCUACAUUGUAAUGGUACCCACCCCUAUAUACUUACAUAGGGGUCGGUAUCGAGAUAGUUCUUUUUACACAACCUAACUACAGUUCGUUCUCUUUAUGUUCUAGUUUCCUUUGCACUCAGUCUUUGUUAGUGUCAUUUGUUUACAAAUGACAUUGUACUGUAUGUAAGCAAAGAAACUUAAAAAGAAUCCAGGAGUUUUAAUAUCAAAGAACUAAGAUAAAAGUUCAAAAUAUUGUAAAAGGUUCAAUAAAAGGUUACAUCUACAGUA